AUGUCUAUGUCGAAUUCCGAAGAUAUUAAUUAUGAUAAAGCAUUACAUUAUUGGUCUGAAAUCCCAGCCACGGUGGACGGUGUUCUUGGAGGCUUUGGAUUCAUAUCAGACGUUGAUAUUACUGGAUCAGUGCAGUUUUUAAAUAACUUGUUUUUACUUGAGAACCGCCCAGGAACGGACGUUGCACUAGAUUGUGGGGCUGGAAUCGGCAGAAUAACAAAACAUUUACUGGCUCCCCGUUUUGAAAGAGUAGAUGUAAUAGAACCUGAUAAGAAAUUUUUAGUAGAACUACUCAACUUUGUAGGAGAGGAGAAGAAUAAAGUUGGAACUUUGUAUCAUAAUAGCUUACAAGAUUUUCAGCCAGAAAAAAAGUACGACAUUAUUUGGAAUCAAUGGGUAUUAGGCUAUUUAAAAGAUGAAGAUUUAGUGUCCUAUUUAAUCAAAUGCAGUGACUCCCUUUCAAAAAAUGGAAUUAUAGUUGUAAAGGAAAAUGUCACAUCAUCUGGAGUAUCUGAAGCAGAUAAAUUAGACUCUUCUGUUACUAGAUCUUUGAAACAAUACACAAAGAUAUUUAAAAAUGCAAAUUUAAAAAGAAUUAAGCAAAGUAAACAAAUCAAUUUUCCUAAUGGAAUAUAUCCAGUUUAUAUGUUUGCUCUAAUUCCAAAUAAAGAAGAUGAGCCUACCACAUAG